AUGGGGGAAAUUGAGCGAUACUGGCCGGUCAGGCUCUGUCUACCGACGAUUUUUGCCAGAAGAAAAACAGAACGAUACUCCUCGGGGAACAGCAGUGCUCAGUUGAUAAUCGUGAUCUCUUGCAGAUGCGUCCUCAAGCUUGGCAUAUCAUCUUCCCGGUCGAAGCCAAUCGGAAGAUGCUUGGCUCUGCAAGAAGCAUUUAGCGCCUAUGCGAUUCUUGCCGCGAGAUCCAAUCGAUUUUCCAAGACCACCCCUGUAAUUUCAAUUAAGGCCAGAAGAGCCGCGUUGGUCAAGGCCCUUGUCGGUGGAUCUUUAAAAUAA